UACACCUGUGCUAGACUGAAGGGGAGGAGCUGGUACACCUGUGCAAGACUGAAGAGGAGGAGUUGGUACACCUGUGCAAGACUGAAGAGGAGGAGCCAGUACACCUGUGCAAGACUGAAGGGGAGGAGCCGGUACACCUGUGCAAGACUGAAGGGGAGGAGCCGGUACACCUGUGCAAGACUGAAGGGGAGGAGCCGGUACACCUGUGCAAGACUGAAGGGGAGGAGCCGGUACACCUGUGCAAGACUGAAGGGGAGGAGCCAGUACACCUGUGCAAGACUGAAGGGGGGGAGCCGGUACACCUGUGCAAGACUGAAGGGGAGGAGUCGGUACACCUGUGCAAGA